UGUUUUGUAGUAGAUCACCAGCCAUAUCGACUGAUCGCCGUAUAAAUCACUCACAUGUCCACACUAAUAUAGGUCUUUUAAGCAAGAAUCAGGUCGAAUCAAUGCAAGAUUUCAGAUCUCAUGAUGUGAGUGACAAAGGUGAAAGUCGUCCCAUUAUUGAAAUAAGUUGUUUUGAAAUGCGUUACUCAUGCAGAUAACUGUCAGUGCCGUGGUUCGUUUUCCAUGGUACCGGCUUAAUGGCAGGACAUGUUGACACAGUGAAGUGUACCAGCUCGGAGUUAACCGGUUGAGGGGAUUUUGAGCAAUGGAGACAUUAGCAACUAGGAGUAUAAAAAGAUUUGGAUUCAAAGAUUGGACUAGAACAGCAUGACUAAGGUUUGACCACGGCGAGAUACGAAUGAAGUUGAUGUAUUGGUGAAGAGAUGAGAGCAUCGUAAUUUUGCUUUCACAAGAGCUUGGCUAUACAACAAGCCAGUGUCGCUGGAGUCUGGAACUGACGUAUCAACCUAGUGUUCUGGCAACCUUCGGGAGUUUGUUACUAAGUCGCCAACGCGAUUUGGAUGUCGAAAGAUUGACAACUGAGGUCUGGCACCUAUCACCUUCUAUGACUCAAUAGGACGUACGUGCUAGGUCAAGGCUAUACUCAUCUGAUUGGAAAGAGCCAUAGAGUCCUCCUUUUCAGGAUAUUGAAUUAACAAAUCGCCAUUCGUGAUAUGUGAAGUCAGCGUUCGAUGAUUACUAUUGACAUAAUUAAUGGUCCUUGUACAAAUUGGAAGGCAAUCGGUAUUGAAAAGAUCAGUCGAGCCACACAACAGUCUCCGAAUACAUAGGAUAUUGAAUUAACAAAUCGCCAUUCGUGAUAUGUGAAGUCAGCGUUCGAUGAUUACUAUUGACAUAAUUAAUGGUCCUUGUACAAAUUGGAAGGCAAUCGGUAUUGAAAAGAUCAGUCGAGCCACACAACAGUCUCCGAAUACAUAGGUCUUUCCCAGAUACAUAGCAUCCCAGGUGACUGAGGCGAGAUGGGUUCCCAACUAGACGAGCAGGACGACUAUGAAGAGCUGCCGCCUCUGUUCAGUCCGCGCAGCGGGUUUGAAGACCAGGAGGAUGGAGCGACGGGACCCGUGUCCGAGUUACUCCGCUCCUAUUUUACCCGCCAAGAUGAAAUGGAUGGCGCGCCAAAGAUCAAACAGACUAACAACCUCCAAAAGCAAAUGGCCGCAUUCGAAAAGCUGACGGAGCAUGCAAACUCUAAAUUCUCGCGAGACAAACUGUACGAGAUGUUGUACAUGGUGAGCAAUGGUGUUCCAUAUCUUCGGGGGAAUAAGAUCCAGCUGGAUCAGGCUGGGAACCGGGGUCUAAUCACGUCGAUUCGGCAAUUGCGGGAACUGCACGCGACCAUCAACGGGCGGAAGCGGAAAGGAUUACAAAAGGAAGAGGAAGCAGUCAUCAUGAAAUUCUUUGAGACUUUUUUCAAGGAUUUACAGUAUUUGAAAAAUCUUAAGGCGUACUUUGAUGAAAGAAUUUACUGUGUUCUGUACGAGUAUUUCUAUGAUCCAUUGGAUAUCAGUGUCAAUGUUGCGGCGUCUGUAGCAGACGACGCGUCACGUGACCAGGAUAGCGACAGUGGUCAUUCGUCGCAGACUUUCAGCGACGAGGACAGGUCACCUCCGACGAGGUCGAAGCAUGAAAAGAAGGGCAGCAAAUCGACGCCAAGGACGAGAUUUAAUAUCAACACUAUAAUUCACGACAUAGGGGGCGGCGCUGGUCAAAUUGAUGAGAACCUCCCUCGGGAGAAAAUCAUUGAAAGGGAGAAAUUGAUCCAAAGUGUUCACGAACUCUACGAAGUGAACCGAAGUUGGGAGGCUAUUUUGACUGAGGAAGAUCUCAAUGUUGGGUUCUUUGAUCCCGAUAGCGUUCAUGAGAUCGCGCGAUACAAGGACGUUGCGAAAUUUGAAUUGGUCCUUCGGCUGAUCCCAGACAUAUUCACGAAGUGUUUUAAGUCGAUAACUUUAGCGAAGGUUUGGUGGAACCAUGCGGCGAAAAUAUACAAGGAGUCGUUGGAGGAGAGCUCUCCGGUGGACAGAGAACGAACUUAUGAUAUGAAAGUGAGUGAGUUUACUAACAAGGUUUCGAGGUUGGGUGAGGAUAUAGUUCGCGAAGAACAACAGGUUAUAGUUUAUGAGAAUGACCUUAGGAAAUUACGGAUGCGCGAAAAUCGGGUUACAGAUUUGAACAGCGAGAGUGAAAAGUUGGAAAGCAGGAAAGAGAGGGCAGAAAAGGCGUAUAAGGAUACCGUACAUGAGAGGGAGCGGUUGAAGGAGGCGCUUGAGAAUACGAUUCAGGGGACUGUAAAAUACAACAAGGUUGCUAUGGACCUGCGAAGCGCUGAGGAGAGAUUGGUUGAACAGCAUGAGGAGGUUAAACUCCUAGAGUACCACUUGGACAUCCUGAAGGGUGAUUACAAUGUGGAGUUAGAGGUUAGGCCGAGCUUCAUGCGAUUCACGGAUAGCCUUCAAGAUAAGAUUUCAGAAUUAGAAAAGUCAGUAGCUGUGAAAAAGGUAGACAAACGAAAAAUUGAGAAAACUUUAGUCCUUAUGAGGACGAAUAGGGAGAAAAUGAGAGAAAUCAUGACUAAGUUUGUCCGAACCCCGUCUUCCAUUUCUACGCGGGCUGCUACUGCGCAAACUGAUGAGACGCCCGCUAGUGACGGCUUAUCGCAACCUGAGUCAGUAGAUAGAGAGUCUACGGAAGGCCCUGAUAGUACUUUCUUUCUCACGCAGGACGCGCAGCUGUCUGAACGGUCGGACAAACGGACGCAAGCGGCUGUGCAGCAGAGGUUGAAGCUUCUCUACAAGGAUUAUGAUUUUGAUAGUCGCUUCCGCCCGUCGUCUGUCGCCAGUGAUGUAACAGACGCUGGCUCUGACGGUAAUGAAGCAGACGAUGAAACUGCUUCCGGUCUGCGCGGACCGUACGUCCGGCCCGGGCAGAGGGGUAGUAGGUUUAACCACUUGAAGCCUCUGGGUAAGGAGGAGUAUGUGGUGAACUCAGAUAAAGCGCAGAUGUCCCCGAGCAGGAUCCCGCGUCCUGCUGGGAUCAUGAAGAAGACAAACAUAAGCUAGACGUACAUGUAUAUAUAUUUUUCGUAAGGGUCAUCUCCAUCCAAGCCAAUUCAACGACUUAACGUUGUCCUCUUUUAAGGCAAUUAAAUGAUGAAAGCAGAUGCAAAGACAGGAUACUAAAGACAGAAUACAAUGUACAGGACACAACUUUUUUAUUCAUAAAACAUAGACUCUUGUCGACAACACACAGACAACAAACAGACAACAGAAUUUUGGCAGGCGU